AUGUCACCUUCAGACACAGAGCCUAGAUACAUAGGACAGUUCUACAUGAACCACCGCCAUGGGAAGGGGAUUUGCUACUGGCCUGAUGGUUCCAAAUUCACAGGAGCUCUUUAUCUUGGCCACGUAGAAGGCUAUGGUACCCUGGAAUGCAAUGAUGGCAGAAAAUUUCAGGGGCUGUACAAAUCUGAUGAGCGAUUUGGACCAGGGAUUGCGAGCUAUCCAGAUGGCUGUCGGGACGUUGGCUUGUGGCUCAGGGAUCAUCUAAUUAAGCUGUGUACUGAAGUACCUGGUUAUUUUUCUCUCGUGGAUUAUCCAGCACACUGCAGAUACAUUGAUGACAAUUCUCAAAAGAAGUAUAUUUCAGUUGAGGAAGACCCAUUUCUCCGUAGCUAUAAGCAUCUCCCUUUUGAUGAUAAGGAUAUUUUCCCUGAAGGAGUCUUUGCAUAUUCUCGUAACACAGAUCAUCUUACUUUGACUCGCUCCUUCCUGGAAGAGUGUGAUGCUUGGUAUUUUCAGAACACCCCAAAGCUGCCUGAGGAAGACCCUUGGCCUGUUGCAAAUGUCACCCCUCUACUGGUCAGAAUGCAGACGCAUGUCUAUAAGCACAGGUGCUGUCAAGGGGAGUUCACUUCAGACAUCAACCUCAUUCUCAGUGGAGCCCGCAGUACUUUUGGGCCUCCAGGCCCCAGGGAACUUGCCUCCGAGCAGCUGAUUCAGAAGGCAGCGAGAGGAGACUGUGAUGGGGUCUACACGAUUCUGAGGAAUGGGCUUGCUCAUCCAGACAUAGCUGACAAACAUGGAUACACGGCACUUGCUGCUGCUGCUGUCCAUUCCCACAAUGAUGUUGUCAAUCUUCUUCUUGAUAGUGGAGCUGAUGUGAAUAAGUGUAGUGAUGAAGGAUUAUCUGCUCUCUCCAUGUGCUUUAUUCUCUUUUAUCCAGAAGAAUCUUUUAAGGGUAAUAUUGCUGAGAGGAGCUUGCGCAGUUACAAGUCUCUGAGAUUCCGCAAGGUAAAGUGGAACGAACAAUCAGAAUCCUCAGAAACAGUCAGUGUGGCUGAAGGCAUAAUCUCAGAACGACAGAAGAGAUGGGAAACAAUCCAACUGCUGCUUCGUCGAGGUGCAGAUCCCAAUGCAUCCUGGGUCCUACCACACCUUCUCUUCUUUGCUGUUAAAGCCACAGAUGCAGAAGCAGUGAAACUCCUCUUAGAAAGGGGAGCCAGGACUGAUGUGCGGCUUCCAUCCAAGUUACGGGGGUUAACUCCUCUCCACAUAGCUGCCUCAAUUCCUGGGGAGGAAGGAGUCCAGAUAACACAAUACCUCCUGCACUCUGCCCCAGAUCUUAAUGCAAGGGCAGAAGAUGGAAAUGAGAUAUACGGUCCAGACAAGGUAUGUUGCUUUUUGAGUUCUUUGCAACUGAAAAAUGAAGCAGGACCACCACAAGAGUACUUUUCCUCCUAUAGUGGUCCUGCCCCUGAAGAAGGUGGAAGGAGCGCGUUGCACAUUGCAUGCGAAAGAGAGGAUAAGAGGGAGCAUGCCAGAGAUGUUAUCCGCCUCCUUUUAACGCAUCAGGCAAAUCCAAACACGUUGUGGAGUGGCCAUUCACCACUUUCCUUAGCAAUUGCCAGUGGGAAUGACUUGGCAGUUGUUGAACUCCUCAAACAUGGGGCUGACCCGAAUCUGCCGUUAAGUGGAGCAGUACAAAGUGCCCUCUGUGCAGCUGUCAGUACGGCGUAUGAGCAGCAGAGAACGACGGCACAGAGGAUUGCUUUGGUUGAUAAGCUGCUUGAAGCUGGCGCAGAUAUCCUUGCACCAGUUACUCUCAGGGAAGGACAGAGAAAAGCUGUGGGCACCGCUGUUGACUAUGCCUAUUACAAAUAUUACCAGGAUAGGAGAAUUGCUCACACACCAUACCACAUACUGUCACCAUCUGAGCAGGAAGUUUUUCGAACACGCCGAUCACUGCUGGAACACAUUACAGCGAAGCUCCGGGAACGUGUCAUCCUGAAAGAGAAAGAGUGGGAUCAAGAAUUGCUGAGAAGAUCCAAGAAAUUGGAUUCAGCCGGUCAUACGCGCCUUUCAAAGAAGAACGGAGGGAGCCAUCAUGUGGAAGAAGUGAGACUAUCGUUCUUUAAAUACUGCUACCAGUGUGGACGUUCAGUUGGCGUUCAGCUUUCACCUUGCAUGCGCUGUCAUGAAAUCUUCACUUGCAGCGAGACUUGCAGAAGGAAAUCCUGGAAUGAGCGGCAUAGGCAGGAGUGCCUGGGGUUGCUGGAGACACCCCUGCCUGAUGUGGAGGAGUGCUACACCUACUUCAGCGAGCUGCUGCUGCACCACACCGUGCAUUGCCCCCCCGUCAGUGUAGCCGUGUUCGGGCUGAGCCAGGUGGCCCGCAUCGCAGCCCGCAUCCUCAACACGGUCCUUUGGCAUGCCAGGCUCUGUGCCUACAUCCUCACACCCGAGGUGACAGUGCUGCAGAUUUCCAAGACGAUCAACAUGCUGGUUCACGGGUUCAUGGAUGGGAAGAACUCCCCAGCUUUUCAGGAGCAUGUUUCCAGGAUCCCUGGCUGUCUCUGGCUGGGCCUCAACGGCAUGAAGAUGCAGGGCACAAAUGGAUCCCAGCUCUGGGAUACUGCCUUUGCCAUCAAAGCCUUCUGGGAGGCAGAAGCCCAGAAGAUGCCUGAAUUCACAUCCUGCCUCCAAAAUGCCUAUGAGUUCCUCUGGUUCACCCGGAACCCACCUGACUACCAGAAAUAUUAUCGCCAUGUGAACAAGGGUGUCUUCCCCUUCAGCACCCGAGAUUGUGGCUGGAUCGUGGCAGAGGGACUGAAGUCAGUUAUGCUGCUGCAGAAGUGCCCCUUCAGAGCCACACUUGUCCCCCCUGAGAGCCUCUUUGACGCUGUGAACGUGGGUGACCGAGUAGAGACGUACCGAGAGCUGGAGAGCAUCUUGCAGGAAGACGAUGGCUGUUUGAUGAGUGGUGCUGUUAACCGCCUGAUAGCAGAGGUGUCCAGUGACAUGCAAGCAGUCCAGGGUGUGACAGAUGAUGUGAAGAUGGCUGCUAGCAACGUCCUGGUGGCUCUGGCCCGCUCCCACUUCCACUUUGUCAUGUCCGAGCUCCAGAGCCACUUGAAGGUCAAGGGGAAAGUCCCUGAUGAGACUAUGCUCCUCACCUUGGGCAAAAUGGCCCGCAGCUACGCCCUGCGGUGCAUCCCCUUCGUGGGAAUGACACUGCUCGCCCUGCGUGCCAUGCUGAGCUGGGUGGGGAGUGGCCGGAUCCUGCGCGCCAUCUGCAGUGUUCUGGAGCAAUGGUCAAAAGGGGUCAAUACCUACUUCUGCAACCGGGAGCGAUGCCCCUUUCCUCGCAACAGGAAGGCGCAGCUGUGUGAAGACAUUUACCCAGUCUUCCACUAUGUGGUGGUAAACUGGCUGGGCUGCGAGGAGGAAGAGGACAAGCAGGCUGUCCUCGGGGCGGUGGCUGCCAUGAUGGGGGGCCUUCUGCAUGAGGAGCAGCACCGAGAGCAUGCCUGGGAGCAGCUCCUCUGGCUCCUGCACCAAUAUCAGGUGGUCCGAGACACCUCCCAGGUCACCAAGAGCCUCAGCUAUGUCCUGGAGAUGCUGGAGGGAGUUCAGACCCCAAUCCCACGAGGCACGGCUCUUGCCAUCAGCACUGCUGUGCACCACCAGCUCUCCGAUGUGACCAAGGAGCCUGGCCCAGCCCAUAAGGCAGUGCUGUCCCGCUGCAUUGUGCUGCAGGGUCGAACCUGCCCUGAGGAGACGGUCGUGUUUCUGCUCUCCCAGCUGAGCGGUGGGAGUGAGGCUGGCCGUGUGGCAGCCCUGGACCUGCUGGCAGCGCUAGCCCGCUCUGAUGCACCUGCAACAAGAGAGAAGCUGCCCCAGGUGGUGGAGGCUGUGCGGUCAGUGUGCAAUGACCCCAGUGCCCAGGUGCGGAGGGCAGUUCUGGAGUUCAUCAGGGAGCUGCUCAGCUCCGGCCCCCAGAGCUGCUGGGCAUGGGAUGUGGUGGGGCACAUCUUUGACGAGUUUAGCCGGACCUCAGGCAGACUGGUAGCAGGAGGCCUUUUUGCCCGGAAAACCCCAGAGGAAGAAGCUCUUCGAGCCCUGUGCAUGGACAUCCUGGGCUCACUGGAUGUCUCUCUGAGAGGGAUGACCAAACUCCUGUGGCCGAGGCUGCUGCAGUACGUGGUGCCAGCCCAGUACAGCGGCAUGCUGAUCCCGCUCUCCCGCUGUCUCCGAGCCCUGGCUGAGAGACGGGAGAGAGCAGGAUGCGAAGAAGAAGAGGAGGACCCUGAUGCCGUGGACUCCCAGGACCAAGCCUGGCUGCCAGCUCCCCAGGCCCUGCUGACUCGACUGCUGGUGGUGGCGGCGGCUCCUCAGGAGAGCAGUGAACGUGCAGUCGCUGCCUUGCAGCUGCUGCAGGCCCUCCACGGCAGGAUCCACAGAGCCUUGGGGGCUGCGUGGGUGACGAAGAUCCCCCUCCUGCUGCAGUACCUGGAAGGAAAAACUGAGAGCUCCCUAGACUCUGAAGAGUGGGAGUACUGUCUGCUUAAGUUCCUGCGAGCGUCGCUGGAGCCCAUCGAGGACAAGGCCUGGACUGUGAGCCUGAGCCAGGAGAUGAGCCGGCAGCUGGGCAGCUCUGUCCCUGGCUCCUGGGAGGAGCUUUUCCUGUACAAGGCUCUUGGGAUGGCACUGGCAGCUUGUCGGGACCUCAGACAUGUCCAAGGGCAGGUCCUGAGGUUCCUCCAGGAGACAAACCCUGUGGAGCUGUCUGAGGCCCAGGGAAUGAUUUCUGUUGUGUCGCAUGCUGCUGAGAGCCACUUCCACCUGGUCUUGGACACAGUGACAAUGUUCUCCGCUGCUUUCACCAGAGACUGGUUUUAUCAGACUUCCAUGGGCUGGAAGGACCAGGACAGGCUAUUUCAGAUACCUUUUCACAGAAAGGUUCCAGACAGCUCCCCGCCCCCUCAAAUCAGUGGUAAAACCACCAGCAGUGUGUGCAAUGCUGGCUGCACCCUCCUCCCCAUUGCUAUGCAAGAACCCAAGCUGCAGGAUGGGAACAGCUCCCAGGCCCAGAGCUCGAAGCUGCAGGAGCGGCUUGGGGAGCUGCUGGAAAGUGCGCAGGUGAACAAGGAGCUGGAACAGCGACGGCAGAAUAUGGAGAGAGCCCAGGCCAUCCGAGCUGCUCUCAUGCACACCUACAGCGGCAUUGCACUGCAUGCCCCCAAGGAGCAGCUGCUCACCCGUGUGGAUAAAGAAAUCAUGGGCAACAUCCUGCGGCUCUCCAGAGCCAAAGAGAGGGACUUGCAGCUCAAGCUUGCCCUCGUGCAGAGCAUCAUGAAGGUCAGCUGUGCCAUCCAGGCUGUGGGUGACUGCGGCAGCUUCAAGCUCUCCUUGAAGCAGGAGGCGACACAGACCCUGCUGGACUGGAUAAAGGGAGAGCCCUGGGACUGCCUGGUGUAUGGAGUGUUUCAGACCCUGGAGGAGUUGAGUAAGUUGAGGCCACCUCUGAGCAGGGAGGAAAAUCGCAACCUGCUGGCAGUGUGUUGCCAGAGUGUCUUGUCCUGUCCUUCUGAGAAGUGGAUGAACAAGGCAAGGAAGCCAGCGAAGGCAGCUGUGAACAUGCAGCUUUUGCACAGGAGAUGCAUGGAAGAUCUGGGCCAUCUCAUAGAAAUCCUUCUGGAGGCAGAGGACACCUCUGCCUGCUUUGACGAUGUGGUCCAUGUCCUGAAAGGCUGGCUCACCUCAGCCAAAGAACGGGAGCGGGAGAGAGCCCUGCGAGUUUGUGCCCAUGUGCUGGGAGCUUGCAAGGAGCCAUUCAAGCUCAUGAGAGGACGUCCUUGCAAGCAGUUUGGCUCCCUGGUGGGAAUUCUGGGGACUCUGACCAGCGACUGCCUGGCCACGUCCUGCCAGAGGGCAUGGAUCUGCCUUGGCUACCUUCUCCAAAUGCAAGCCAAGACCAUGAAGGUGGUGCCUCAGGCAGAUGAGAUCAGGUGCCUGUGUGAGGAGUUGAACAGCCCAGACACCGAGACGCAGGCGGCGACUGGUGCCACAAUAGCAAAGGCUGUUUGUAAAUGCAUCCCUCCAGCACAGGCUAUGGACUUUCUGACUGCUGUCCUGGACAGCUUCCUGCAUGUCAGACCCACAUGUGUGAAGGCAGUGUGGAAGUGGGUGUUCAUCUUCCUGGUGGAAUGCAGCAAGGAAAUACUCCAGGAGGUGCCAAAAAUCCUGAACAUCCUUUACACCUACAUGCAGCAGAGCACCCACAGGCCCUUCUCUCUCCGUGCGGUGCUUCUUCUCACCCGCUUUCACCAGGAGCCUGUGAUCAGCACUCUCCUCCAGAAGGGUCUGCCCAUGGACAGUGACACGGUGGAGCUGUGGAGGAGCCUGGGGAGAAGCAUCUUUGGGACUGAGGUCCUGAGUUGCCUAGCAGAGAAGCUAAAUAGAGCAGGAAACACUCGCCUGGGGACUGGCUCCUCAGCUUGUGAGCGGUACAACUGUGAGACUGCUCUGGAGACUCUGACGAUCACCCGUGCCAUCUCUGAGGUGGUGCUUGCCCUGAGGAGCACAGAGGAACUCAAGCAACUGCUUCCCCAGCUCCUUCCCAGCCUCCUGAGGUGGGUCAAUGAAACGCUGGGCGAGGAGAGGCUGCUUUCCCCCAUGAGUAGCUGGAGACAACUGUUCCUCGAGGGCCGGGUCCUUGAGGAGAAGCCCUGCAGGCUUUUCCUUUUGGCUUUAGAGUUGGUGCUAGGCAAAUGCAUGGCGGACAAAUGGAUGCGGCUGCUCAUGAAUCAGGCAGUGUGGGCUCUCCUGGAAGACCCCCUGGCUCACCCUGAGGGGGUGCGUCUCCUGACCAGCGUCCUGCUCCAUGCUGGGCUCGUAUCACCCCGCCUGGUGCAGACCCUCUUGCCAUGGCUGGAUUCCCGUUCAGUUGACCUGAGGGUGACAGCUACAGCUUUCUUUGCUGAG